UCUAUACUGACAUUACAACAGAGGCAAAAUGGGACUCAAAUGGCAAGGUUGGACACACUGACAGAAUCCCUCGUUAUUUUUUCACUAUUCUUCACACAAUCCGGGAUUUACUGACAAACACGCAGACGUGGGUUGAUAUUGACUCUGCUAUUUCUGAGCUCAUUUUGAUUGGCCCAUCGUUUUCGUAUUUAUGACAGAAAUGUUUUCUACCAGUCUUUUUUCAACAGAUGACCUGUUGUUUGGAGCUGUUGAUCUUAUGUGGAUUGUUUUGACAUGUUCAAAUCCUUUGGAUAAUCCUUGUCAUUAUUCACAUUGACUUGGAUGCGCGGGGAUCCUUGGAUAAGAGCGCCGAGGUGACGAGGAGACUGGAAUACACCCCGUAGCAUUGUGUGUAAAAAUAGAUUUAUUUAUUGGAAUUAACUCUGCACGAUGAUUCAUUGCGCCAACUGCGAAAAACCAAUUGUAGAUCGGUUCUUGCUCAAAGUUCUGGACCGACCGUGGCACGUUCAGUGUGUACAAUGCUGCGAAUGCAAGUGCACUUUGACAGAAAAGUGUUUUUCACGAGAAGGCAGACUCUAUUGCAAGAAUGACUUCUUCAGGAGAUUUGGGACCAAGUGUGGAGGUUGCUCCCAGGGGAUUCUGCCCAGUGAUCUUGUCCGGAGGGCGAAGAGCAAAGUGUUCCACCUCAACUGUUUCACUUGUGUGAUGUGCAACAAGCAGUUGUCAACCGGCGAGGAGCUCUACAUCCUGGACGAAUUCAAGUUCGUUUGUAAGGAGGACUACCACAACAAUAACGGCAAAGACACCAUUCAGCUCUCAGUGACGACGUGUAGCGACCCCAGUUUAUCUCCGGACUCCCAGGACCUGCAGCAGGAUGACUGCAAGGACUCAGAAGCCGGCCAUUUGUCGGAUAAAGACGUUUGCCCCAAUGAGAACGACGAGCAGGGCGCAGUGGGGAAAAGACGCGGGCCUCGGACCACCAUCAAGGCCAAGCAGCUGGAAACCCUGAAAGCGGCUUUUGCGGCCACACCGAAGCCCACCAGACACAUUCGAGAGCAGCUGUCGCGGGAGACUGGUCUCAACAUGAGAGUCAUCCAGGUGUGGUUCCAAAACCGGCGGUCCAAAGAGAGGCGCAUGAAGCAACUGAGCGCGCUCAGUGCCAGGAGACACAUGUUCUUCCGCAGCCCGAGAAGGAUGCGAGCUCUCGGAGAACGGGUGGACACCGCCGAGCUUGGCCAUUUCUCCUACUAUGGAGAUUAUCCUGGUGAAUAUUACGGCCCAGCUGGGAAUUAUGAAUACUACCAAGGCCCACCAUCAUCCCAGGCGCAGACGCCAGCAGACUUGGGCUUCGUGCCCUCAGCAGUCCCUGCCGGCACCCCCUUAGGGGCCAUCGAGCACCGCCACCCCGGGCACCACUGUCCAGGAGAGGUGCAGUGUUACCCUGACACGGUGUCACACCACCCGGUUAACUCACCCAGCCCGGAACCCAAUGCACCGGGCUCCAUGCACAGCAUCUCCAGUGAGAUGUGUGGGCCCAGCACGCCGUUCACCGCCAUCACUCUCGGCGACAACGGCUACACCAACCAACUGUCACAGCCCUCGUCCGAGGUGAGCGAAGGAACUGUGUGGUAACCCUGGGUGUUCUGAAGGCAAAUCAUCACUUUAUUUAUUCAUUUGUCACUUUAUUUAUUUAUGUAUUUAUUUAUCACUUUAUUUAUCACUUUAUUUAUUUAUAUAACUUAUUUAUUUAUGUCAUGUUUUAAAUAACAAAAUAUUCGUUAACACGUUGAUUAUAUUCACAUGGGACUCGAGUACUAUGUGCUGGUUUAGUGCUGAACCUCUUUGACGGAGCAAUAAAUGCAUAAACACAAAUUUUUGAGACAAUUUUUUUCAAAGAACAGUAUAUGUAGGCUAUGCAUGUAAAUCCAUUCAUCCAUUCAUGGUCUGCUCAUUAGGGUAUUUGUUUAAAAAUCACCUUUCAGUAUUAAAAAGCAGCUCUCUACAGCUAAUGGUGAAUACAAGGUUUUAGAUUGUGAUUGUCAAGUUUGUCGCAUUUGACCAAAAACCUCUCUCAGGACUGUCUAAGCUUUGCUUUUUAUAUUUCAUUUGUCGGCUGUGUCAAAACAGGUUUGCCUUCAAAAGGACACGAGACGUCUGAAAGAACGCAUUUGUAUAGAAACUGAUCGCGCUUUAUGAAGACGAUGAGUUCAAGAUUAUAAAUACAGAAUAUUAGUGAAGGGCAGUCAACUGUUUACUUUGAGCCCCAGUAUUUAAAUAUCACUGUAUAAAACCUGAUGGAUUGUGGAAAUGGAUCCUGGAGCACAAAGAUGAACCAAACCUCUGUAGCUAUGUUUGUGCGAUUGCUCACUGUGCUAGUUUGUAAUUGGAAACACACACACGCACUCACACACACACGCACACACACAAACACACACACGCACGCACACACUCAGUUGUCAAAUGAUGAAACAACAACUUGUGAAGUUGCGGCUGAUUCUUGAUGUCUACAAAAUACACUUGUAUGCAUAAUGCCAGCAGUAGCUAAUGUUUGUAAUGAGAUGAUUGUUCAAAUAAGGCUGAAACGGAUGUUUCUGACCAUUCACAGUAUGAUGAAAUACAUUCUGAUUGUUAUUUGUAGAAAUUGACUUUGGACACAAAUAUUAGCUUCAUCGGUUCAAAGACCAACUGCAAUCUCUUGCACCCAUAUUUGCAGUAAAUAUGUUUUGCAAAUAGUUUUGUAUGUUUAAUUGUGUUACUUAAAAUAUUAAGUCAAAUAAAAUGAUGUGGACUGGAUAUAACAAAUGUUCACUUUUUCUAAAGCCUGGCGAUAUCAACAUUGAUGGUAAUUAUUUUGCAAAGGGACAAACUGACAAAAAGAAAGUGAAUAUGCAUACAUGUCAUGUUUAAUCCACCGUGCUGAAUUAGGGCGGAACUAUUUGGUGAGUUUGGCCAUGACCACCUUUUGUCACUCUCUGGCCACCUCACUGUGACUUUUCUGCCAUUUACACACGAAGCCAAUAUUUUUAGAACCCUUAAUAUUCUGCCACAAUUAAUGUAGAGUACAUAUUGAAAGAAUAAACAUACAAUUGAAAGCAAAGCAACGACAAAGGAAACGUCAGCAAGAGGAACCUCGAAAGCUUUCAUAAACAAUUUAUAUUUGCCACCCUGAUAUUUUUCCUUCGAGAGUAACCUGCACAAAUCUUACAAUUAGAGCAAACAAUAGAAAACACAGAGAAAAUGUUGGCAGCGCCAGUUUACACACCGCCAAAUAUUUUGCUACGAUUUUGUAGGAUAUGUGCAACCACGAUGUGAAAACUACAUUUCCCAAAACAAACAAUAAAAUUGCAUUUUGUAGCUCA